UAAUGUCUGAAGUAGAAGAAAUUAAUUUGGAAUCAAAUAUCAAAAAGCCAAGACAUUAAAGAUAACAAAAUAAAUCUAGGAAUAUUAGAAAGAAUAAAAAUAACUUUAAUAGACAAAGAAAUAAUUCAUAAAAUAGAAAUAGAGAUAGAUAAAGGAGAAAUGAUUGGAAAUAAUAAAAUGGAGCCAAUACAAGAGAUUUAUUUGAAAUUGAUAUCUAUAACUUUUUAGCCAAGAAUUAAAUAUCUGACUUAAUAGUAUUUGUAUUGCAUAAACUUAGAGUGAUAUUAAAUCUAGAUGUGGCAAUUUGGUUAAACUUCAUAUUAUUGCCAAUAAUAUAUAAGAGAAUGAAGCAGAAACUAAAGUAAAUAUAUACAUCAUUAAAGGUAGUUUUGAAAGCUUUUUUCAAAGAUAAAAAAUCAGCUGAUGAAUGUUAAUUUCAAUAUAAUGAUGCCAAACUUGAUGAUUAAUCAUUAAGAACAGAAUGCAAAUAUUGAU